AUGUCAACUCAAUCAGCACCGCCAUGCCUCUUCUUCGCCAAAGGCGCCUGUAGAAAUGGUUCAAGCUGUCGAUUCAGCCACGGAGGAGCCAGUCAGGUUGCUCAACCUCCUUCCUUUGGAGCCGUCGGGGGCGGAGGACAAGGACGAGGGCACGGAGGUGUGAGGGAGUGCACGUUCUACAAGAAGGGAGCUUGUCGGAAUGGGAGUUCGUGUCAGUUUGCGCACGUCGAUGGCCCGGCUGCUGCGACCUCGACUGCGACUGCGAUGCCCCCGCCGCCUCCAGCAGCAAUGCAGGCAGUCAUCCCCGCCACCACCACCGUCGCACCUCCCGCACCCGCACCCGCACCAAAGUCUAGUGCAGAGUUUACAUCUGCUGACCUCCGCGACCUCGAAGAAUUCGGUAUGUCCCCAAUAAACCCCAACGCCCACGCCUUCCUCCUCGCCGUCCGCGCCGGGCAAGCACAAGCACAAGCCGCUGAAUCCUCGAACCCUACCCCCUCUUCUCACUCGCAUUUACACUCAGCAUACACCCCUGUACAAGAGUUCAACGAACCCGAUUUCGACUUUGACGAAGCAGCCUACGAAGCUUACGGCUCCCACUCUCAAGGGGCGAAUGGCUUCUCGGCGGUCGAGGUGGGUAUGUUGGCGGAGUACGGAAUCCAACCCACAGACCCAGACGCGGCCGAGUUUUUGGAUGCGCUUAAGGCUGGGAUGGGAGCCAAUGAUUUGGAGGAUGAGUUGAGUGUGGGGUUGGGGGGGAUGUCGAUGGGUGGCGGUGGUGGAGGUGCGUUUGGUGCAGGAGGAGGAGGAGGAGCGGGAGGAGGAGGGGUGAAGGAGUGUAGUUUUUGGAGGAAGGGGGGGUGUAGGUAUGGUCAGAGUUGUCGCUUUGCGCAUGUCUGA